UCUAUUCAAGCCCGGGGUCGCAGGUCGAAACACCGCUAGGUUGUCCGAAAGUCAGCGUGAGAAAGCCGACAACGCAAGGUCAGUUAUGGAAAACUGACAUGUUGACAUUCACGUUUAGUAAACCAGAGCUCCUCCACUUCAUUGACGACUUCACUCCGUAGACGAAGUCUCCGUCGGAUGCUGCCCCACGCCAGCUGAGGCGCGAUGCUUCCAGAGCGGCGCGGAGCGAGCCUCGGCCCCCGGGGACGACGGGCAGAUUCAGCCCCCCGGGGCGCGCUGAGCACCGGCCUACUGCGGGGCCUCGUCCAGGGCGCCGGGCCUCCUCCUCCUCCUCCUCCUCCUUUCUUCUGCCUCCCGCUCCCCAGGGUCCACGCAGCUGAUGUGGCUGCUGCCCAGUCUGCACAGAUGCCCACUUCCACAUCCACAUCCACCACCAGUCCUGCCUCCGUGCCCGUCCCCUCUCACAGCUCCCUGCCAAGCAGCAUUGGCAAGCCCGAGUUCCCGGACACCGGAUGGGAACGCAUCAAGGAUCUCUUUGACAGAGAUUCAGCGCAGAGUUACCCGGAGGAGAUCUCAAACGCGUUCAAGUGCGCCACUUUCGGCGCGCUCGCCGGCUUCCUGUACGGCGGCGUCCCGGGAGCGCGCCACGCCCGGCAGAGGUACAUCCAGCUCAGCCAGGCGGAGAUGUACUCCACUCGGGUGGAGGCGGUGCGCUCGGCGCAUAACGCAGCCAUCCGGGGUUUUAUGAGAUACGGAUGGAGAUGGAGCUGGAGAGUGUCUGUUAUAGUCAGUCUGUUCAACUCCGUCAGUACGGGACUGUCCGUGUACCGGGACAAAGAUGCCGUCAGUCAUUAUGUUGCAGCUGGAGCUGUCACUGUGGGCCUGUUCCGGCUGAACCUGGGCCUGAGAGGGCUGGUGGCGGGGACGGUCAUCGGAGCGGUCCUGGGGAUGCCUGUUGGUGCUUUGCUCAUCGGCCUCCAGACUCUGGCAGGAGAAACCAUCCGAGAGAGGAGGCGACGAGAGCGACGAGAACUGUACGAACACAAGCUUCAGGAAUGGACGGCUCGUCUGCAGCUGACGGACGAGUUGAUCGACAGCCUCGACGUCGCCGCUCGAGAAGAAGAAACGAACAAGGACAUGCAGAGGAUCCAAGAGCUGCUCAGUUUACCAAAGAACCAGGACGUUUAGGACCGAACGCAGCUGUGAGGACGUCUGUUUCCUUUCACCAGGACCUUUUUUUUUGCAUCUUUGAACUAAAUUGGAACCAGUAGCAGAAGCAACUAGUGAUCUUUCAUCUGGAAAAGAUCCGUCACGUUCACGUCAUCAUUGCAAUAAUGAAUCUUGAAUUGGACUCUGAGACAUUUCCACCAGUAGCUCCCCCAUCGUGUACAGAUUAAUGUUGCACAGUUCACACUGUAGGUUAAACAACCUAAUAAAACAUCACAUCAGUUCAUGUCAAAUCCAAA